AUGAAUUGUAAUUUACCGGUAUCCUUUAAAGGAACCGUUGUUCAUGGUUUUGGAAGAGGUGGUAAACAACUAAAUUGCCCAACUGCUAAUCUUAGUCCUGAAACAGUUUCACAAUUACCUAAAAAUUUUGAAAAUGGUGUUUAUUGUGGUUUUGCUAAAAUAGAUAAUAGUGAUUUAUUUCCUAUGGUAAUGUCGUAUGGUGAUAAUCCACAUUUUAAUGGAGGAAAUAAAACUUUAGAAGUCCAUAUACUUCAUCAGUUUUCUUCUGAUUUUUAUUCAUCAAAAUUAGCAUGUAUUGUUUUAUUUCACAUAAGGCCUAUGUUAACAUUUUCAACAACCGAAAAACUUAUUGAAGCUAUAGAAAAUGACAAAGCUUUUUCACACAAAAUUCUCAAAGGUAUAAAUUUAGACAAAUAUAAAGAUAAUGAAAUUUUUAAAUAG